CCGAAGCACUCACGGACCGAUUCUGACCUUUAUGGUCGACGCUGUUGCAUCCGGGUUCUUCCCAUUUCCGGGCGGCCCGGGCCUCCCGUCUGGGCUUUACGGAGCGGGCCGACGGCGGGACGGCGGGGCGCUCUAGGCCGCGUGUUCCCGGUCUCUAUGACCACAGGGGCCGGCCCGGGAGUCGGGCUCCGGGCGCGCGGCGGCGGCGCGCGUCAGUGUCUCGCGGAGCUGCCCGGGCACCAUGGCUGCCCCGAGAGAAAACGUCAGUUUGUUAUUCAAGUUGUACUGCCUGACCGUGAUGACCCUGGUGGCCGCAGCAUAUACCAUAGCUUUAAGAUACACCAGGACAGCAGACAAAGAACUCUACUUUUCAACCACAGCCGUGUGUAUCACAGAAGUUAUAAAGUUAUUCCUAAGUGUGGGGAUCUUAGCUAAAGAAACUGGUAGUCUGGGUAGAUUCAAGGCAUCUUUAAGAGAAAAUGUCUUGGGGAGCCCCAAGGAACUAAUGAAGUUAAGUGUACCAUCGCUAGUGUAUGCUGUUCAGAACAAUAUGGCUUUCCUAGCACUUAGCAAUCUGGAUGCAGCAGUGUACCAGGUAACUUACCAAUUGAAAAUUCCCUGUACUGCUUUAUGUACUGUUUUAAUGUUAAACCGGACACUUAGCAAAUUACAAUGGAUUUCAGUUUUUAUGCUUUGUGGUGGAGUCACACUUGUACAAUGGAAACCAGCCCAAGCUACAAAAGUCAUGGUGGAACAGAAUCCAUUGUUAGGGUUCGUGGCUAUAGCUAUUGCUGUUUUGUGCUCAGGAUUUGCAGGAGUGUAUUUUGAAAAAGUUUUAAAGAGUUCAGACACUUCCCUUUGGGUGAGAAACAUUCAAAUGUACCUAUCGGGAAUCGUUGUGACAUUAAUUGGUGUCUACUUGUCUGAUGGAGCUGAAAUUAAAGAAAAAGGAUUUUUCUAUGGUUACACAUAUUAUGUCUGGUUUGUUAUCUUUUUGGCAAGUGUUGGAGGCCUCUAUACUUCUGUUGUGGUCAAAUACACAGACAAUAUCAUGAAAGGUUUUUCUGCUGCAGCAGCCAUUGUUCUCUCUACUAUUGCUUCGGUGAUGCUGUUUGGAUUACAGAUAACACUCACCUUUGCUCUGGGAACUCUUCUUGUAUGUGUUUCUAUAUAUCUUUAUGGAUUACCUAGACAAGACACUACAUCAAUCCAACAAGGAGAAACACCACCAAAAGAGAGAGUGAUUGGUGUGUGAUUUCAACCUCAAAAUAAUUCUUAUAAAGACUAAGUUAUUUGCAGUAAACUAGAGCCUUAAGUCAAUCCCAGAAAGUAGCAUACAAACUGGUGUAAGAAUUAAGAAGAAAGGGCCGGAGAGAAGUGGAGGGGAUGAGAUGCCUGCUUUGCAGGCAACCCCCAGCACCAUUUAUGGUCCCCUGAGCACCAGUGGGAGUAAUCCCUGAGUGCAGACCCAGAAGUAAGCCCUGAGCACUGCUGGAUGUGGCCCAAGAACCCAAACCACGCCUCACCCCGGCAAAACCAAGAAGAAAACUGAAUGAACUGCUACAAACAUAAUGUGACUUGUUUGUCUGAGAUCAACCUGUUUUUAGAAUGAAGGAAUUUUAUAAUUGUAUAUAUGAUGUACAUACCAAGUAUGGAGAUAAUGAUAUUUAAAAAAAUCAUGUGAUGCUACAACAGUCAAGUAACAAGAUUCGGGACAAAGCUGUUACAAGUGCCAAAGCCGUUUCUUCUGUACUGUCUCUUGUUCGGACACCAGGGAAGAAAGAUGAUCCCUCUUUGUUCUCAGUUCAUGUACAGUAUUUUAUUCCAGCAGCAGUAAAGAUCUAGCUCUUUUUUUUUUUUUUUUACAAAAUGAGGCAAAAAUAAGACUGACUAGUUCAGAAACAAACUGAAUGUGUAACUUCUUAAAGGGAAUCUUUUUCCUACUCAGACAAUGAUUUCUGGGUGGUGACUGAGUACUCCUUUAAGUGCUGUAAUUGUGCCAUUCAUUGUCUGGGUUCAUAUUUCUUUGCUGUUAGAUGAUAUACUUUUUUCUUCAAAAAUGUUUCUAAUGUCAGUUUUAUACUUUUUUUAAAAAAGUGUGUUUAACUGUUGGGCUCAAUUUGUGGAAUUUCAAUGUUUUUUAAAAAAAUUAUAAUGUUAACAGGAAAAUUCAGCAAUAAACUUAAUUUAUAUGA